AUGUCCGAAAAGAAGUUAAACUUGGACUUAGUCCUCGAGGAGUUGGGACAGUUCGGAAGAUAUCAGAUAAAGAACUACCUCUUAAUCUUGGUACCCAUACUAUUUAGUGCGAUUUACAGUAGUCAGUAUAUCUUUGCAGCUGCCAGCAUAAAUUACAGAUGUCGCGUGCCCCAAUGUGAGGCAACGCCGCCUCGUUUCGAGACCAAUGGUUGGGGGCCCUGGGCGCUGCCGGACUCGGGCGGCCGGUGCGAGCGAUAUGUGUCUACGGGAGACACCUGUUCGGCGGAUGCCUUUAACAACUCCCAGACGGAACGUUGCAAUAGCUGGGUUUAUGAACACAACAAUACUAUUGUUGCCACCUUUGACCUGGCAUGCGUAGAGUGGAAGCGAACGCUGGUUGGGACUAUACACAGUGCAGGCAUUUUCAUCGCGCUGCCGCUUACUGCCUAUAUAUCUGACACAUUCGGUCGACGCGUAGCGUUUAUCCUGACGGCGGUGGCACCUGCGGCGGUGGGCGUGAUCCGGUCCUUUUCCACCAACUACAUCAUGUACGUUAGCCUUGAGCUAAUCGAAGCUAUUGUCGGCUCAGGCGUCUACACCUCGGGUUUCAUUCUGGCUUUAGAGAUGGUGGGAAUCAACCGCAGAGUCCUCGGAGGCAAUAUGAUAUCCUGUGCAUUUGCCAUCGGGCAAGCGUUCGUGUCACUCAUCGCCUGGGGAAUUCCCGAAUGGAGAACAUUAACGAGGGUCCUUUACGCUCCAUCGUUCAUAUUUAUCCUAUACUGUUUUAUUAUAGAAGAAAGUGUCCGAUGGCUGCUAAGCAAAGGAAAAAUAAAGGAGGCAGCAAGAAUAAUAUUCAAAGCUGCCGAGAUAAACAAAAAGAAAUUAUCCCCGGAGACGAUAAAAUUAUUGACCGAUGAGAAUGUUCAAUUGGAAGGUUCCGUCCCUACCAACGACGAUAAGAAGGAAUCUUUGGCGAUGCAAGUCCUCCGCUCCAGGGUUUUGAUGUCGAGAUUAUUUAUUUGCUCGUUUUGGUGGAUCACAGUGACGUUUAUUUACUACGGCCUAUCCAUAAACUCUGUUUCCCUCGGGGGCAAUAGUUACGUAAACUUCCUACUCACUGCACUGGUGGAGAUUCCGGGAUACUGUCUCAGCGUGUUGACCUUGGACCGCUUCGGGAGGAAGGCGUCUAUUAUGACAGCAUUCUUCGUUUGCGGAUUAUCACUGCUCGGACUGCCAUUCAUACCAGAACAUGUGCAGUGGGCUCAAACGUGCCUCAACUUGUUGGGAAAGAUGGCCAUCAGUAUGGUGUUCAGUAGUAUAUACAUAUACACAUCAGAACUGUACCCCACAUCCGUCCGUCACACGAUGGUAGCGCUGUGCUCUAUGGGGGGCAGAAUAGGGCAGCUCAUCGCCCCACAGACCCCCCUUUUGAUGGAGUACAUGCCGUCACUGCCGUACCUUUUAUUCGGAUUAAUGGCAGCGAUAGCAGGAUUUCUGAUGCUGCUCACGCCAGAAACUCUCCACAUCCAGCUGCCAGAUACCAUAAAGCAGGCUGAAGGGAUAGCUAUUGCACCGAGAUCCAAAAAGACCACAGACAUCAUAGUGGACUAG